AGCGGAUCAGAGCAUGAUGUCAUUUAGAUUACAUCUUGAUCAUGGACAACAUCGCACUUCUUCCGGACGCGACGCGUUCCAAGUUGCGCUCCACACAAAUCCUCACAUCACUCCCCCAGAUUAUAUCUGAGCUCAUACAGAACUCGCUUGACGCCGGGGCACGCAAUAUCGAUGUCGGAGUCGACUGUGAAGAGUGGACGUGUUGGGUGCGCGACGAUGCGUCGGGAAUAGGCAAGGAGGGAAUGGAUAUUCUGGGACGGGGCAUGGAGGCUGGGCGCUACGGAACCUCCAAGGCCUACGCUCCAGAUUCCCUCAACGAGGUUACGACGUUUGGGUUUCGCGGCGAGGCUCUCGCAUCAUGCGCGGACAUAUGCUGCUUGGAGAUAUCGUCUCGUACCAAAGCCGCACAGGAGACGUGGUCGGUCAUCGUCAAGGGGUCCAAGAGUCUGUAUCAAGGACCGGCUGUUCGCUGGAAGCGUGAUGGCCCAGGAACGACGAUUUGCAUCCGAGAUGCUUUUUAUAAUCUUCCUGUCCGUCGUCGAGCACACCCGCCCCCUCCUCGCUGCCUGGACGCAAUCCGACAGGAAAUACAAGUAUUCUCGCUUGUAUUUCCUCAUGUCUCCUUCACACUCGAAAACACACAGUCCUCAAAAUCUGAGAAAGAUGUCUUGCUUCGGAUACCGAAGAGCACGUCUUCAUUAGCCGCCUUCCGGCACAGUUAUGGGCACCCGUUGGCUCAACAUGUUGAAGAGGUCGAUGCGACAUUAGGAAGUCUUCAGCUCCGCGGAUUCAUCAGUCUGGACGGAGCACACUCAAAGGCUUACCAAUUCCUCUACAUCAACCGCCACCCGAUAACUUUCUGCGAGCUUCACCAAACAAUUGAUCAUCAGUUCAAUUCCAGCUCUUUUGCUAAACAUGCUUUUGAUGAAAACGGGGAGACCAGCGAGAGGAGCACCGCAGCGACUCGACGAUCCCCUCGGAAAGCUGAGAAGAAGCCGGUGUAUGUUCUCGACAUCACAGUGCCAUCACAAGACCUGGAUAACUGCCUCGAGCCUGCCAAGGCAGCUGUUCACUUACGCAACAAGGCCGGCGUCACCGAGCUUCUAAACUCGACGAUCCAAGGCUUUUUGACACGUCACGGAUUUGCAAUCGCGAAGCAGGAAAACAUUCGGCAUGGGUCCCCUUCCCCACGGAAGAGACGAAAGCUCGAUAAUGUUGAUGACACGGAACCGGUCUUUCGACGGACAUUAAUUCCAUCCCGAGAGCCAUCGCCGUUGUACACUGGAGAGGAGGAGAAGGAGCUGUUGUGGACGGAUCCCAAGACGGGAGAGGUCUUUGUCGUUGAUUCACGCACAGGAAACUCGUACAAACGUGCUGAGCCUCCACCAGUAGAAGGAUCGGCGCCGCAGAAGCGCACGCUGUCCAAGUCGACACCCAGGCCAGAGAACAUGCCAAAUUGGAUCAAGACAGCACUAGAGGCGAAUAACAUCUAUGCGGUCCCCGAAGAGAAGAUCCCCUCGAAAGAACCCACUGUCGAUGGGCCGUCAUCGUCCGGGCGUUUUGACAAGGCCGACAUCUCGAAUGCUGUGGUGAUCGAGCAGGUGGACCGAAAAUUCAUCGCAUGUCUGUUUAAUCGGGUGUUGGUGCUUGUUGACCAGCAUGCUGCGGACGAGCGGAUUAGAGUCGAGCGAUUCUUGAAGGAGCUCUGCGAGGGAUACGUCUCUGGCAAGCGUCCACCUGUCAGGGAGGUGGAAAACUCAGUGCCGGUCCUCCUGACAAGCCACGAAGAGCGCCAGCUCCGCCAGCCUCAGUUGUUGGAAACGCUUGCCCAUUGGGGCUUUGCUUUUGACGAUCCACAUCCAGACAAUGCUUGCGGCAACUACCGGCAGGUAUUCGUGAGGCAGGUGCCUGAAGUGCUAGCGGACAAGCUUUUGAUGCAAGAUGAGAUGCGGGACUUUCUCAAGUCGUUCCUCGGAAAAGCAGCAGAAGAUAUGCUGUCAACAACAGAACGUGACCCCACCAGCGAAGGCGAGAUCCUAUGGCUGCACGGCCUGCGCCAAUGCCCCAACAUCUCCUCGAGCUCGCCAACUCCAAAGCCUGCCGCGGCGCAAUCAUUGUGCCCAUGGACGGCCGUCUAUGGUUCCCUUGAUCGAGCUCGAGCAGGUUUGCAGGCGACAAUCAAAGCCAGUGGAUUGGAAGGGGUUUGGCUGAAGAUUAAUAUGGCUAAACGCGACGGGUUUUCCGUUUCCAUUAAUGUCGUGCAUGAUUUCCCAGAUCUGCCUUGAUUAGUCCCUCAGCGCGUGACUUAAUUUCAUGGACUUGGAAUUUAAUUGAUACACAGUGUACUGGUAAACGCUCCGACGGUGCUAAUAAAUUGAGAUUACGACUGCUAUGCCCAGAUGUGGAUGCCGCGAAAGUGGCGGCCAAGUCUCUCGCGCUCCUUCCGCUCAAAGGUUUUGAGCACGUCCAUGGUGGAUGGAUACAGCUCGUAGAUGGACGUGAGUUUCUCACGUGCCAUGGCCUGCCGAUGGACCCGCUCAUCGAUGUCCAUAGAGAGGUCGUCAACCUCCUUCGUACUCGCGUCCACCGGGAAUCCGGACCGCAGUUUCGUCACGGCGUCGAACAGCGCGCGGAGCACAUCGUGCCGCGGUCUCCAUGUGUUCCAGAGCGGAGAGAUCCGGUGCAGGACGUGCAGCUGGUACGUCAGAUCUUCGAGGUGUUCAUCUGAGAACGCGUCGACGGCACGUUUGUGGUACCGACCCCACUUGGUCGCAGAUUCGCGCGCCUUGGCCUGGAGCGGUUUCUCGAGCGGCCGUUGAUCGGUGGGAUCCACGUCCAGGGAUAGCGGGGAGUCGGGGAUGACGUUGCGUUCUGAGCGCAGGCGGUUGCUUCUUCGCUGGUAGGGAAGCAUGACUUUCUCCACGACCUCGAGGCACCGGUCCAGCUCGCCGGCACGGAUGAACGCCAGGGUCAGCUCGUUCCAGUUGUCAGACGAGUACGAGAAGCCAUGCGCCUUGAAUGCAUUCCAGACGUCUGCGAUGUCGUCGAAGCGGCGUCGCUUGGAGAGCGCGCGGACGUAGCACGAGAGCGGGUCGCACAGAAUGAAGCUGUGCAGCUUGGAUGCGCGCUGGUUCUCGCUGUCGUCCUCGAACAACGGCACCUUCAAGUAUCUGACACCCAGUUCGAAGAUCUGGGGCCACAACUUCAAAACCAUAUCCACCCUCCCGCUUCUCGCGUACGCAGUCUGGAUCGCGGUCAGGAUGCUCAGCGUUGGCUCAUGUCCGCGUUCCUGGAAACGCUUCCAGAGCUGUUCCACUUGCUCGAUGCGCCCGCGUAGUCCAUACGACCGGAUCAACGGAAGGUAGAGCUUGUCGUGCGCGGUUCGUCGCCCAUACGAUGGCAGGUCCCACGACCGGUCUCCCCCGUCCAACGUCUUGAGGAAGUCCUCGGCCAUCUUGUAGCUCUCCCGCGUGCCAUCUAGUCCAUACGCAGAAACCAGCGCGGAGUAAGUCGACGGGUUCGGCUCCAAACCCCGACCCAGCAUGUCUUCGUACACGUCCAGCGCACGUUGCCGAUCGCGCGCACGA